GAGCUCUGUGGUGGUGGCUGAGGUGGCGGGUGAGGUGGUUGGAGUGGGGGCUUCGGUCUCAUCGCGAGUGGGUGCUGGGUGGCUCCUGAAGCCCUCCGGUGUGCAGAGAAGGGGCUGCUUGUGGUGGAGUGCCUCCGGCUGGCCGGCUCUCCCCCCUCCUCACGGCCGUCUGCGCCUCAGGUUGCCUGAGGCGUGGGGUGGGGUCGGUGCAGGGCCGCCCUCCCGGUGAGAGAUCCAGAAAUGGAUACUGAAGCCCUUAAAAAAUACUCAGCAUUGCACCCCAAACCUGCUGGACUCACCCUGCAGUAUGGCACCGCUGGAUUCCGCACCAAGGCCCAGCAGCUGGAUCACGUCAUGUUCCGCAUGGGCUUGCUGGCAGUUCUCAGGUCCAAAGCUGUGGCAUCUACCAUUGGCAUCAUGGUCACGGCAUCUCACAAUCCUGAAGAAGAUAACGGCGUAAAGCUGGUUGAUCCUCUUGGAGAAAUGCUGCACCCUUCCUGGGAAGAGUAUGCCACACAACUAGCCAAUGCAGAGGAGCAAGAAUUACAGAAAAUAAUAACUGAGAUCUGCCAAAAAGCAGCAGUGAACCAGCACAAAGAUGCUUCAGUUUUUAUUGGUAGAGACACCAGGCCAAGCAGCGAGAAACUCUCCCAGUCAGUAAUCGAUGGUAUCUCUGUUCUAGGUGGUCAGUACCACGAUUAUGGUCUGGUGACGACGCCGCAGCUCCACUACAUGGUCUGCUGUCAGAACACCCGAGGGCAGUAUGGAAAAGCAACACUGGAAGGUUAUUAUGAAAAACUAUCCAAAGCUUUUACGGAACUGAUCAAAAAGUCUCCCAGCUCUGGAGAGGGUCAGAGGCACCUGAAGAUCGACUGUGCCAAUGGGAUAGGAGCCCUGAAACUGUCAGAAAUGGAGCCCUACUUUCCAAAGGAGGUGCAGAUUCACCUGUACAAUGACGGGACCAAGGAGAAACUGAAUCACUUAUGUGGUGCAGAUUUUGUGAAAGUUCACCAGAAACCACCCAAAGGGCUGGACAUGAAUCCCAAUGAGAGGUGCUGCUCGUUUGAUGGUGAUGCAGAUAGAAUUGUUUAUUACUAUAAGGACACCACUGGCCAUUUUCACUUAAUCGAUGGAGAUAAAAUAGCGACUUUAAUUAGUAUCUUCCUUAAAGAACUUCUUGCCAAGGUGGGACAGACCUUGCAGAUGGCAGUGGUACAGACAGCGUACGCCAACGGGAGUUCCACACACUACCUCGAGCAAACACUGAAGGUACCCGUGCACUGCGUCAAAACCGGAGUCAAACACUUGCACCACAAGGCCCAGGAGUUUGAUGUGGGUGUUUAUUUUGAGGCAAACGGACACGGUACGGUAUUAUUUAGCAAAGCUGCUGAAGCUAAAAUAAGACAACUGGCAAAAGAGGAGGAAGAUGAUGAAAAAAGAGAAGCAGCAAAAGUUCUUGAAAACAUGAUUGACCUGAUCAAUCAGACUGUGGGUGAUGCCAUCUCAGACAUGUUGGUGAUCGAAGCCAUCCUGGCUCUGAAGGGGCUGACGGUGCAGCAGUGGGACGCCCUCUACACCGACCUUCCCAACCGCCUGCUGAAGGUCCAGGUGGCCGACCGGCGCGUUAUCGACACAGCGGACGCGGAACGGCGGGCGGUCACACCCCCGGGGCUGCAGGAGAAGAUUGAUGCUCUUGUGAAGAAGUACAGACUGUCACGGGCCUUUGUGCGUCCCUCAGGAACAGAAGAUGUGGUCCGGAUCUACGCUGAAGCAGAGACACAGGAGGCAGCGGAUGCCCUCGCCCACGAGGUGAGCCUGGCCGUGUACCAGCUGGCUGGAGGAAGAGGAGCACCCCCCCAGCCCAUAUAACGACUGAUGUAACUGCAGUUAAAGUGCAUCACUUGACUUCUUUCUUUUAAAUAUGUAUUUCCUUUACCAUUUGCCAACGUGGACAGACCCAACCCUUCCUGAGAGCAGCAAGGAUUCAUCAGAACUGAGCAGAGUCUUUACCUCUGUUAGAAACUUACCUGUUAACGAGAGGCUCUUGCUGCUGAAUUACACUCCUGCCCCCAGUUUGUCUCAAGUGACCUAGAGGUGACAGUUGGUGGCCUAAUCAUGCCCAGGAGGAAUUCUGUUCCCCUCCUGCAGCGUGUUUGGUAGGUUAUUGUCACCUUGUGCCUGAAGUCCAGCUCCCACCUCCUCAGCACACCUGCAGGAGCUGCUGCAGAAACUUGCCCCAUCUUCACCCAGUGAAGGCAGAGAUGGGCACUGGUCUUGAUAUUCCCUUCACCUCAGUUGAAGGGGGAAAUAACAUAAUGAAAGAGCAUUUGCAAAUAAUAAUGUAUGAUUAUUGCAAUAAUAUUAAUCAUGAGCUACUUUUAUGAAAUUCAAGUUUUGCUUAGAAAGCAAUUUGCUGUAAUAGACUUUAUAAUCACUUUUAAGAGGGAAAGGACAGAGACAAGUUUGUCUUCUGUGGCCGUUACUACUCCCCAGCAGCACCAAGGGGCUGGGACACAAUGGUUUAAAUACACAAGUAUCCUCCUCCUCCACAUAGUUCAGUUCAGGGCAUCUACCUCUGACAAAUGUAUUUUUCUUUGUAUUAACUCCUGGCAUAAUGGCAUUUUCCAGAUCGCUAAAUAAAUAAGCACAAAUUCCAAUCGAUUUAAAAAAAAAAAAAAAAAGGACAAAAA